CGAAUCAGUGUGACGAGAUCACCCCAGAGAAACAAGCAAGAGGGACCGUCAAAAGCCCAACACAAGCAACUUCUUGCUGCCAACGAAGCCCAAAAAAGCUAAGUUUUUUUUUACUAACACACUUAAGUUACGUUCAAAUUCAGCGAAAAUACAAAAAUAAAUGUCUGUCUUAAAGGUGGAAUUACAUUUCAAACCACAUAGGCAGUAGAUCAGCUUUUAUUUAAACUCGUUCUCAGUUAUGUGCCUGAUGGCGAAAAUAAUGCACAAGCCCGUUUAUCAAUCCGCGCUUUUGUCCGUUCUUCUGUUCUCGUGAAUUUGAUUGACGUCAUCUUUCAUGGCCCAAGUACUGUUCCAAUCCAAAGAAUGCAAGUUACCAAGAACGCCUAAAAUGCCGAGAAGGGUCCAACUGCAGCUUGCAGCAGUCGCUCACGCCAGGCCCCCUGCUCACGCCGCGCCCGCGCACGCCGCGCCCCCGCUGGCACGCAACUUCCGACUUUCAGACAUGUACGGUUUGUUUACAAGACGCAGAUGGACCAUAUUGCCAUAUUGAGUCAUGGCGGCAACAACUCCCGGGAAGCACCUGUGACUUAGCUCAUCACAUUGCUCUGGGCCAGUGGGCAACUAAAUUUGGCAAAGACAUUGAGGUGCAUCUCUCCAACCACGGUUUCCCUCAUCAAACUACUGUACAUUCUUGUGGCAUCUUAAUGUUGAUGUAUGCACUCAGCCUGAGCACAGAGGCUCCAUUUUGGUUCAUGGAGAGGGACAUGGCACGCAUCUGAAAAUGGUGGUGCAUUAGUCUAAUGGAACGGUUCCAGAUUGACGGCCAUGGACAGAGGUUUGCAUACUGGACUAAUGAGGCCAGAGCAUUGCUCCAAGGUUCACUGCAGCCGAUAUACAGGGUCCCAAGGUCAGCAAGAGGGAACAUGAGGUUUCGAUUAGAAAAGGAUGACAGGUGCGUCAUAUUGGAGGUGUCGCUACAUGGAGCAGGUUUUCUGAGUCCUACAGAAAAGAAUUCUACACCAUGUACACCGUGGACACCUGUCGUGAAUGUGGAAUGCUUUUCAAAAACUGCACACCUGUCUAGCCUGAAGGUUGUUGCCAGACAUCUGCUCAUCUGCACAAUCCUCUGGAUUGUCACCCUCUUCCUCAUGCUGAGGAUGGUCCUCCACAUCCAAGAUGUCGUCCAUAGAGAGACAAAGGUUGUGGAGAAUGCAGCAGGCAGCAACCACCUUGGGGCACAAACAGAGGACGCAUUACCAGAGCCCUCAGAAAGAUGGAUCUCCAACGGGUUUUCAGCAUGCCAAAUGUGCGCUCGAUUACUCACCUUGGUGUGGUGUACGUAGAACCGGGCCUCAUGGUGUAGAAACGUUAUACAGUUGCAUUAUUUGGUAGUGUUGUUAUUUACUGUGUUAUUUAAGUCCACUACCAAGAUCAUCAUGUAUAAGUCUAAGUCUUUGAUCAGUGUUGAAAACAAAGGGUACUUGGUAGUGAUCUCAGACAUUUGGAGCCCACUGUGUGUUUGUGUGUUUUGGCAACCUUGGAUUUAGGUCCAGUAAAUAUCCCAAGCAGCUACAGGCUGUUGAAACGUGGUGAUAACAGCCACGGGAUGCUGCAGGCAUGGAUAUUCACCAUCUUCUGAAAAUAAUUCUGUUUGAUUUUGUUCAAUAAAGUGUUUUAGACCAUUAUUCCACAUUGUGUUGUUUAUAAAUGUUCAUAACUGAAUUCUAAACAUCUUAACUCAUUGUGAAGUGGUUGAUUGUCAUUGCUAUACUGUGUAAUUUGUGCUCUAAGAUGAUUUGGACCUUCUAAAACUGUUCUGAUUCAGACUGUGGAAUUGGAAACAAGCAGUUGCCAGUAGGUAACUCCAGUAAGGCAUUUACUUAAUGAGAUGGUUGGGGUUUCCAUUAAGGUUUUCAACUGAAGUAAAAUGGUUUGGUUACUAUUCCAUCACCUACACUGAGAAAGACCAGUGCCAACAUGAUGUAGCCUUGCCAUCCUCUGUCUCAUUCUGGCCCUCAGGAUUAGGUGCCUUUGCUCAGGGUCCUCCUAUAUAUACAUCUAUCUCUAAUAGGUUGUUUUGACUAUCUUCUACCUCUGCUUUUAAACGCUGGUAGCUCGUUAAUGUGCUUGUGAAAUUCACGAGGUACCAGCGGGAAAAAGCGGAGGAAAAAGAUACGCAACCGAUUGGAUAGAUAGGUUAUAUAGGUAUUAGUUAGACAAAUAUAUCUGUAUAUUGUGGUACAGACAUGCCAAUUCACACGGGAGCCUCAUAACACUUUUUACGUUAAAUAGCAUUUAAGUACGUUUCCUAUGAAAUUAGUGAAAUGAAAAACACUCGAUUUGAGUUUAUGAAGUAGGAGCCUACAUUAAAAACAAAAAAGAAUACACAAACACAAUACAGCAAAAGUGCAUCACAUGUUGCGCUGAUAAUGCCAGUGUUUUCAUGUCGCUGCUUAAAUGAUCUGAGCAAAGGGUAUUGCGCAAUAGUCAAGCACACAUGCAUCUCAAUUUAGAUAAGUGCGUUCUCCGUCCUUGCGAUCUUGCAAGACCAUUCUCUCAAGGACACUGGGUAAGAACGUUCUUCUCAAGGACACAAGUACGUUCUUAGCGUACUUGGAAUUGAAACAGCCAAUAUUUCCAAGCAACCUUCUGACAAAAGAAGCCCAAAGUCGAUUAUAAUGUACGGACAUGGCAAACUGUCUAGGAUUUUGAAUAAACCUCGAUUCGUUUCAGUGGCACCAAUUUAUAUUACAUACUCAUUUAUUUUUUUAAAGCAAAACCCCCUCUAGUGGACUGUACCAGACGCGGUUACUAUAGCAAUCGGACUAAACAAAAGAUUCUUGACGUUUAUUUUUGUUGUACUACCGUUUAAAUAGUCUAAUUGUAACUGAAAUAGUCAUUCAAAUUAAUUGAGAUGCGGAUAACGUAAUACUAAUAUUUUAAUAAAGAUAAUGGAAUUAUUCGAGAAGAUAUUGUGUCUGGGUAGAGGUGGAUCAGCAGAGGUAUUCUUGAUGAAGCAUGUGAAGUCAAAAAGACUCCAAGCUGUGAAGAGAAUACAAUCAGACAACUCUUGCAAAACAAAGACCAAAGAAGCCAUCUUGCAAGAAGCUGAAAUUAUCAAGAGGCUAAAGCACCCUCACAUUGUGACCUGCAGCGAGGCUCUUUUUGACUCAAAUGAUGGCUACAUCUAUAUAAUCAUGGACUACUGCGAUGGAGGGACAUUGGAUGACAAAGUCAAGGAAAGAAAGACAGGGGACUAUUUCCCAGAGUGGAGAAUAAUGCAGUGGUUUGUCCAGGUUACCAUGGCAAUCAGCUUUAUCCACUCAGCUAAAAUCCUCCACCGGGACAUCAAGACCUCCAAUAUGCUUCUAACUAAGAGAGGUGUGGUGAAGGUGGGGGACUUUGGGAUAUCCAAGAUAAUGACCAACACGGUGGAUAUGGCUUAUACCUGUGUCGGUACACCUAGUUACCUUAGUCCAGAGCUGUGUCAGGACCUCCCAUACAGUUCCAAGUCUGACAUCUGGGCGCUAGGCUGCUUGCUGUACGAGAUCUGCUCUCUCAAACCACCGUUCGCCGCCUCCAACCUGCUGAGUCUGUUCUAUAAGAUCACCAGAGGAGUGUACAUCCCUGUGCCUGAGACCUACCCAGACAAUAUCACCUCUCUGGUCCAGAUGCUGCUCUCUCGCGCGCCAGAGGACAGACCUAGUGCCACUACCAUACUGGGCAUGGCUUAUGUAAAGGAACAUCUUAGAGAGUUUGUGUUGCUCACUGAGACAAGGCUAGCAGUGUAUGAUAACAUACUGGACGCAAGAUCAACAAACCUCUCUGGCGAGGAAUGCCUGCCUGUAUGCACAUCUGGCUGUGGAAACACUACUGACUCUGUGAGCACUGGGACUGCAGAAAGGAACAACGGGGAGGAGGGAAUGGAGAAUGAUGAGGACGGCACAGAACUCCCUCCUAGUAAUGCUGAAGAGGAAGACGAUGAUGAUGAGGCUGUCAGUGUAGGAUGCCGGUCUGACUACUCAGAGGACUUUGACGAUGACCGCAGUCUGUCUUCCACUGAUGAACGCAGAGAGGACGAGGACAGCUCUGCACCUGUUAACGCUGUCACGGAGGAUUUCUGCAUGGAGGCCAGUGUGACUCCUGAAGUGGCAGACUAUGGUGAGUACGCUGAUGAUUUUGAGGAUGAGGGUGAGGAAGAUGAGGACGUGAUGAUGGUAGUCCGCUGUGCCCAUGCUGCCCUGCAGCUGCCUGCAGAGGGCGAUGAAGAGGAGGAGUUUCAGCUGAGGGACGCUGGGGGCGUGGUUGUCACGCUAAAGACACUGAGAGACAAGUGCAUCAUGGAGGACAUUGGCCCCUCUCUAUAUGAGGAGGUCAGUGAACACUUUGUAAAUGGUCUGAGUCCUGAAGACCUGCAGCCACACUUCAAACAUGCCCUUGGACCAGAUCUCCUUGAAACCUGCCAUCUCAUAUUUACCAUUGACCGAGAGGCAGCAUAGACUAACAUGUAAACCGUCACAGAGCAUUUAAAUGGUGGAGCCAGACAGACCCUCCUGGACCUCUCCAAAGCACAAUGACAUUAUCUGUUGAUCUGCUUAACUGGAAUUAUUUGUAUUCAUUAUCAUUACUAAAAUUGGAAAUGCAAGAGGUGCUGUCAAGGUUUCAUUUGUAUCUCUGGAUGGAACAAAGCCUGAGUAAUGUAGUUCACGGCCUAAACUAAAUAAAGAUAGCAUAAAACAGACAGUUCAAAUAGAUGAGUAGAGAUAGUAUCUCAUUCUGUGGGUAUGAAGGGGAAAUCACCCUCCUACAAAAUACAAUCAAAUAUGCAGAAAUCUCAAGAGGUUUUGGUUUCUUACCCAGCUGAAGCAAUGAAACUUUGAAGAGAAUUUUAAAAGGAAAAUAAAACGGUUUCAUGAAUUCGAUUGAACUUUGAGUAUCAUGUUGAAACUUUGCUUGUUUAUUUAUUUACAUGUAAGUGGGUUUAUUUACCAUCUUAAACGUAAUUGGGUAGAGAUCCCAUUAUAUUCUACUGAAAUAUUUGGCAAUGUGAUAAAAAGGAAACUGUCAACAAAUCAUUGUUCUGGUUUGUAAUUUUU